GCCAGGACCGGCUUCCUUCCGCCAUUCCCGUGGCACUCGCCUGACGCUCACCUGGGCCGGAGCUCGGGUUGGUUCAGAGUGACCCACAUCUGGUGGAAGAGAAAAAAAAAAUGUAGCUGUCGAAUCCAAUCAAGUGUUUGUAUCUCUCAAAUUAUCAACAUCAUCCCGUCAAGAAAGGUCCUGGUGGGUCCCACAGACGUAUGGCUGCCCGAGGAGACAUGUAAAGAUGGAGAAAUCGAGGCACAGAGAAAUUAAGUGACUUCGCCAUAGUCACAGCUGGGGAGGACCAGGAUUAGAGCUUAGAGAGAGCCCCUGACUCUGGGCCUGUGUGCUGCCCACCGGGUCACGCUGCCUCCAUCCCUGGGAGAGAAGACUUCCUGCAAGAUGGAGGUGGACGCCGAGGAGAAACGUCAUCGCACACGGUCCAAAGGGGUUCGAGUUCCCGUGGAACCAGCCAUACAAGAGCUGUUCAGCUGUCCCACUCCUGGCUGUGAUGGCAGCGGUCAUGUCAGUGGCAAAUACGCAAGACACAGAAGUGUGUAUGGUUGCCCCUUGGCCAAGAAAAGAAAAACACAAGAUAAACAGCCCCAGGGGCCUGCCCCCAAGCGGACACCGUUCUCGGUGAAAGCGGACAGCUCCUCUGUGGACGAUUGCUACGAGAGCGACGGGACAGAGGACAAGGAGGGGGACGGGGAGGAGGAGGACUACUCUGAGGAUGAAGACGAGCCCAGGGAAGACGACGACGAGGACGAGGAGGUGGACCGCGAGGAGGAGGAGGAGCUGGAGGACGACGACGACGACGAUGACAUGGAGGAUGUGGAGGACGAGGAGGACGACGAGGAUGAUGAGGAGGACGAGGAGGACGAGGAGGAGAAUGAAGACCAUCAAAUGAAUUGUCACAAUAGUCGAAUAAUGCAAGACACAGACAAGGAUGAUAAUAACAAUGAUGAGUAUGAUAAUUAUGAUGAGCUGGUGGCCAAAUCCUUGCUCAAUCUUGGCAAGAUUGCCGAGGACGCGGCGUACCGGGCCCGGACAGAGUCGGAGAUGAACAGCAACACCUCCAACAGUCUGGAGGACGACAGUGACCGGCACGAGAACCUGGGUCGGAAAGGCGAGCUGAGCCUCGACUUGGACAGUGAUGUCGUUCGGGAAACCGUGGACUCCCUCAAACUGCUCGCGCAAGGACACGGCGUGGUGCUGGCCGAGAGCGUGAGUGACAGGGGCUGCGUGGACCCCCUGGCACCGCAGGACAGCCGGAGCAUGAACUACGUGAUGCUCGGGAAGCCCAUGAACAACGGGCUCGUGGAGAAGCUGGUGGAGGAGAGCGAUGAGGAGGUGUGUCUGAGCAGCUUGGAGUGCCUGCGGAACCAGUGCUUCGACCUGGCCAGGAAGCUGAGCGAGACGAGCCCGCAGGACCGGAAUCCGCAGCAAAGCGUGGCUGUCCGCCAGCAUGUCCGGCCAGAAGACGACGUCUCGGGAAGGACGCCGGACAGGAACUACUCCGACAUGAUGAACCUGAUGCGGCUGGAGGAGCAGCUGAGCCCCAGGUCCAGAACUUUCCCCAGCUGCGCAAAGGAGGACGGGUAUCACGAGAGAGACGACGAUGCCACCUCCGUUAACUCGGACCGGUCUGAGGAAGUGUUUGAUAUGACCAAGGGGAACUUGACCCUCCUGGAGAAAGCCAUUGCUUUGGAGACAGAGAGAGCAAAGGCCAUGAGGGAGAAGAUGGCCAUGGAUGCUGGCAGGCGGGACAGCACGAGGUCGUGCGAGGAGCCUCCAGGACAGCUGCCCGGGGAGGAGAGGAAGCCCAGACCCAGUGACAGCCAUGCCAGAAAGCCAUACUAUGGUAAAGAUCCCUCGAGAGCAGAGAAGAAAGAGAGCAAGUGCCCCACCCCAGGGUGCGACGGGACCGGCCACGUGACUGGGCUGUACCCGCACCACCGCAGCCUGUCUGGAUGCCCGCACAAAGAUAGGGUCCCUCCAGAAAUUCUUGCCAUGCAUGAGAAUGUUCUCAAGUGUCCUACUCCGGGCUGCACAGGGCGAGGGCAUGUAAAUAGCAACAGGAACUCUCACCGCAGCCUCUCGGGAUGCCCCAUCGCUGCAGCGGAGAAGCUGGCCAAGGCCCAAGAGAAACACCAGAGCUGCGACGUGUCCAAGUCCAGCCAGGCCUCAGACCGCGUGCUAAGGCCAAUGUGCUUUGUAAAGCAGCUCGAGAUCCCUCACUACGGCUACAGAAACAACGUCCCCACGACCACGCCGCGCUCCAACCUGGCCAAGGAGCUGGAGAAAUAUUCCAAGACUUCGUUUGAAUACAACAGUUACGACAGCCAUACUUACGGCAAGCGGGCCAUAGCUCCCAAGGUGCAAACCAGGGACAUAUCCCCCAAAGGAUAUGAUGCGAAGCGGCACUGCAAGGACGCCAGCCCCAGCAGCAGCACCGCCAGCAGCUAUGCGCCCAGCAGCAGCAGCGGCCUGAGCUGUGGAGGCGGCAGCAGCGCCAGCAGCACCUGCAGCUUCGACUACACGCAAGACGUGGAGGCUGCCCACAUGGCGGCCACCGCCAUCCUCAACCUGUCCACGCGCUGCCGCGAGAUGCCGCAGAGCCUGCCCGCCAAGCCACAGGAUCUGUGCGUGGCACGGAACCCUGACAUGGAGGUGGACGAGAAUGGCACUCUGGACCUGAGCAUGAACAAGCAGAGGCCGAGGGAGGGCUGCUGCCCCGUCCUGACCCCGCUGGAGCCCAUGUCCCCGCAGCAGCAGGCCGUGAUGGGCAGCCGGUGCUUCCCGCUGAGCGAGGGCGACUGCUGGGACCUGCCUGUGGACUACACCAAAAUGAAGCCCCGCAGGGCGGAGGAGGAUGGCCCCAAAGAGAUCACUCCAGAAGACUUGGAUCCCUUCCAGGACGCUCUGGAAGAAAGGAGGUACCCAGGGGAGGUGACCAUCCCAAGCCCCAAGCCCAAGUACCCCCAGUGCAAGGAGAGCAAAAAGGACCUGAUAACUCUGUCGGGCUGCCCGCUGGCUGACAAAAGCAUCCGAAGUAUGCUGGCCACCAGCUCCCAAGAACUCAAGUGCCCCACUCCUGGCUGUGAUGGCUCUGGGCACAUUACGGGCAACUACGCUUCCCAUCGAAGUCUCUCAGGUUGCCCGAGAGCCAAGAAGAGCGGCAUCAGGAUAGCACAGAGCAAGGAGGACAAAGAAGACCAGGAACCCAUCAGGUGCCCCGUCCCUGGGUGUGACGGCCAGGGCCACAUCACUGGGAAGUACGCCUCCCACCGCAGUGCCUCCGGCUGCCCCUUGGCGGCCAAGAGGCAAAAGGACGGGUACCUCAAUGGCUCCCAGUUCUCCUGGAAGUCGGUCAAGACGGAGGGCAUGUCCUGCCCCACACCUGGGUGUGACGGUUCCGGGCACGUCAGCGGCAGCUUCCUGACGCACCGCAGCUUGUCGGGCUGCCCACGGGCCACGUCGGCAAUGAAGAAGGCGAAGCUGUCCGGGGAGCAGAUGCUGACCAUCCGGCAGCGCGCCAGCAACGGGAUCGAGAACGACGAGGAGAUCAAGCAGCUGGACGAGGAGAUCAAGGAGCUCAACGAGUCCAACUCGCAGAUGGAGGCCGACAUGAUCAAGCUCAGGACUCAGAUCACCACGAUGGAGACCAGCCUGAAGACCAUCGAGGAGGAGAACAAGGUGAUCGAGCAGCAGAAUGAGUCCCUGCUCCACGAGCUGGCCAACCUGAGCCAGUCCCUGAUCCACAGCUUGGCCAACAUCCAGCUGCCGCACAUGGACCCAAUCAAUGAACAAAAUUUUGAUGCAUACGUGACCACUCUGACGGACAUGUACACAAAUCAAGAUCGUUAUCAGAGCCCAGAGAAUAAAGCCCUCCUGGAAAACAUAAAGCAGGCUGUCAGAGGGAUCCAGGUGUGACCAGCGGCGCAGAGGCUGCCGUGGCUGCCAGGAGGCCCGUCCCCUGCCGCUUCCUGGCAGAGCCUGCCGCGCUCCUUCUGCCUGACAGUCACGCUCACAGGACCCGCAGUGACCGUGUCUUGCUUUAGAGGCAGCACCUGCAGGAUAGUUUGAACACAUCCACACUCUGUACGUUUUCACAGACGCUGACAUCAGUGGUUCCGUGUAAUGUCUGUGGCUCUGAUGUAUGCACAUGGGUCUAUAUUUCUGAAGAGGUGAGCGGAUGGAGAUCCAUAGAGUGUACAUUCUUUUUAAUGCUUUAGUGAUUACACGUUUUAGUAUUUUGAACUGAAAUGGACGAAAGAAAGAAAACAAAAUCAAAAACAACCAACGGCUCUGAAUGCCCAGGCGGUGGCUGCGGCCGCUUCCGGCACGACCAUGCCGCCUCGCGUGGAGGGCUCUGGAUUUCAGAGACACGUUCUGUGUGCAUAUUGUUUCAUAGCAAGAAUUGUUUGCAAAGAAAAUGCUUUAUUUUUGAACAAUGCUUGGAACUAUUAUGUGAUUUCUUUGUUUGUUUGUUUUAGGAGGAUGGUGUAUGGUGGGGGCAGUAAUGAGGUUUUUUGCAUUCCAAGGAAAUGGCAUUAUGGAUUAACUGUAAGAAAUAAGUGAUUUAUUGUAAGACAGCAUCAAGCCAUGGAAACUUGGCAGAAGACUCAAAGCAGCUUAAGCAGCACUUUUAAAUUAGCUCCCGAGCAUGGCACGGUGCGGCCGUGGGGACUGCGGUUCAGACAGGGCUUUAGAGGGGCCGGCGUGAAGAUGUCCCUUCCCGUUUCCAAUAAACUCUGGAAUCACCUCUGCUCACCCCCACGAGGGCCCUGCCCCGAACUGUCUCCCUGAGUGUGGCUGCCCAACAGAGUCCGUGGGCUUUCAUUUAAGCACCAAGAUAGUCUGAGAGUAUUUAUUUCCCCUCCCCCUUUAAAACUGUUAUUAUUGUUGUCGUCGUCGUUUUACAUUUGGGGCAUAAAGGGAAAUGAUGGGUGAGUCUCCGCGUGACUGGACUGACUUUCCCGCUGGGUCCGCUGGUGCAGCUGCCGCAGGGCCUCCCGCCAGGCCUCGGAGCGUCGGCGGCCUUCAGAGCUCUCAGGGCGGCCGCAGGGCAGCCCACGGCCUGUGGUUAGCGUUGUCCUGAGCCUCCUGAGGCGGCCAGCUCAGGAGUGACCAUGUGCGCCAGCCCUUCUCCUGCAUGGCCUCCCGGCCUGUCUGAGCGUGGAGAGGCGGCUGCGCCCCCGCCGUCCCGGGACGCUGGUGUGGACUGAUCACAUGUCAUGCAUCGCUUCCUCCCAUGUCUUGAUGUUAUGCAGGAAGUACAAAAGUGCUUCGAAUUUUGUUAUGAAAAAAAGAUGGGUUUUGUAAAAAUAAAAAAAAAAUAUUUUUAGCAGAACAGGACUUACAGGGUCAUUGUCCCCACACGUGCCAGUCGCCUAUUUGCACUCACCUGUCCACGUGUCCGUGCGGAGGUGUGCAGUUCCCACACCCGCGGCCGACGAGGAGCUGACGCUGGCCGCCCGGCCUUGGCCUAUGCGCACAGACGGACGCACAGACGGACGCACAGCCCGCGGCACUUGAUCCGCUCACCGCACAGACUCCGCUCCGCGAGGAUCCCCGCCAAGCUGGGGGGACCACGGGACCACAACUCCGCAGCCUCUCCAGAGAGCCACCCGCUGUUCGCGCGUAGUCGCCACCACGCUCAGCAUCGCCUGCGGAGCUGACCCAGGUGCUCGGCACCUGCUGCCACGUCCGGGCCGGCCGGCCGCCCUGGCUGCUGUUCAUAUCGGCAUCGCAUCCCCGCAUCGUGUCCGAGCUUCUCUGCCCACGUAGUGAUGCUUUCGUAGAGUAAUAGGUAGUCUCGGUUUGGAUUCUCACUAUCACAUGUACAAUGGAAGGAGUCUAAGCACAAAUCUGCUGCUCACCUAACGUUGGUAAUAAUAUCCAAUCCCAGUUAUCUGUGACUAUUAUAUAGGGGACCACAAAGUGUCUCAUUAGAAUGCUGACCUUUCAUAGGGGUUAUUGUGAGUCAUCAGAGUUUAUUUAUUAUAACUUAUUGUUCAUAUUCAUUUCUAAGUUAAUUUAAGUAACCAUUUAUUAAGACAGAAUUUUGUAUAAAUAUUUACUGUGCUCUCG